AUGACAUACAAUGUGUGUGCCCAUAGAGAUAUACCCAUGGAGAUAAAUGUGCAUGUGAGAAGCUUCCAGGUAGAACAUUGUCAGGCUAACACACCUAUUUCGAAUGGCAGAGAAGGCAACGAUGAACUUGCUGGUAGCCAGUCUUUAUGCCUUAUUGAAUGGAGCAUUCCUGGACAAAGAGGAAGUAUAAAGAUGAAACAUUAUCAACAUAUCCUUGCCAUGAUUUUUGCAAUUGAUGAAAUCAAUAAGAACUCAGAACUCUUGCCCAAUACCACUCUGGGUGUUCAUAUUUAUGACAACUUCUUUGACUCAAAGACAACUUAUGAGACCAUUUUGGACCUAUUGUUCCCAAAGAAAAAUAAUUCACCCAAUUACAAAUGUGACAGGAAACAUCUAUUAUCUGUUAUUGGGGGCUUCACUAUUGAAAAAAUAAUCCAGAUGACCACCAUAUUAAGUAUCUACAAGAUUCCACAGCUUACUUAUGGUGAAUAUCAGCCUGAAUCAAGCAGUAAAACAGAUUUCACAUCUUUAUACUGGAUGGUACCUAGAGAAUCUAUUUUGUUUAGAGGGAUAAUCCAGUUACUUCUACAUUUCCAAUGGAAAUGGAUUGGACUUAUUGUUUCUGAUGAUGAUGAGGAUGGACAAAACUUUGUGCAAAAACUGACACCCAUGCUGGCUUUUAAUAAUAUAUGCCUUGCCUUCCUGAAAAGAGUUAGAGCAAAAAAGGAUCUUCAUGAUUUUGACAUAAUUGAAAAUAGUUUAGAAUUAAUGAUAAUUUACUCAACAGAUGCCAAAGUAAUUAUUCUCAGCAUGGGCACAGAUUUAAUAAAUAUCUUAACAGACCACUUAGAAGAAAUUGAAUUAACAUUGAAAAUACUUUUAGGAAGAAUUUGGAUCAUGCCAAUCCAUUGGUAUUUCACUAUCACAUUUAAAAAUGAAUUGCACGGCAGAAAUAUUUUCCAUGGUUCCUUCUCUUUCUCACUUCAAACAAACACAGUGCCUGGAUUUAAGGACUUCCUUGAGAAUGUGAAUAUAGAUGAGACACUACAUCCCUUCUUCUGUAUCUUCCGGAAAUAUGUUUUUGACACAUGUGAAAAGAGUGCAGAAAAAGAGAUAUUGGAACAGCUCCUUGCAUAUGUAUUUGACAGAGAUAUGCUUAGUGAAAGCUACACUAUCUAUAACACUGUUUAUAGUAUUGCACAUGCUUUACAUGCCAUAUAUCUUUCCAGACAAAGAACCUUCUAUGGUAAAUUUCAACACAAGCAUUUGAAUGUUCGGCCAUGGCAGCUCCAAAGUUUACUGAGAAAUAUCAAAUUCAACAAUAGCGCUGGUCAUGAAAUCUCAUUUGCCCAUGGAGAAUUCUUUGCUAACUUGGAUCUCAUCAACUGGGUCACUUUCCCUAAUCAAACAUACUCUAAAGUCAGAGUGGGAAAGCUUUCACCAACACAAGAAUUCACUUUCUCUGAAAAUACUAUUCAAUGGAAUACCAGAUUAAAGCAGGUAUCUCCCCAUUCACUCUGUGUUGAAAGUUGCCAUGUUGGACAAAGCAAGAUAAUUCAGGAAGGAAAACCAAUAUGUUGCUAUGACUGUGUUUCAUGUUCAAAAGAUAUGAUUUCCAGCCAGAUGGAUGCUGCUCAUUGUAUUCUGUGUCCCCAGGAUCAAUAUCCAAACAGCAAUCAAGAUCAGUGUAUCCCAAAGAUUUUAACUUUCCUUUCUUAUCAUGAACCAAUUGGAGUUGCUUUGGCUUCUUUUGCUAUAUCCUUUGCCUUUAUCACAUGCUUUGUGAUAUUAGUUUUUAUAAAAAACUGGAACACACCCAUUGUUCGAGCUAACAAUCGGAAUCUCAGUUGGGUUCUUCUUGUCUCCUUACUUCUAUCUUACCUUUGUUCCUUGCUUUUUAUUGGCAAACCUACUAAAGUGUCCUGCCUCCUUCAGAUAACAGCUUUUGGCAUAAUUUUUUCCAUUGCGGUUUCUUGUGUGUUGGCAAAAACAAUCAUUGUUGUUCUGGCUUUCAUGGCUACAGAACCAGGAAACAGGAUAGCAAAAUGGCUAGGACAAAAAGUGGCAAAUUCCAUUGUCAUUUCUUGCUCCCUCGUUGAAGGAGCAAUUUGUGCUGCUAGGUGGCUGAUCUCCCCUCCAUUUCCAGAUGUUAACCUGGAUUCACCAACUGGGCAAAUGGAAACAGAAUGCAGUGAAGGCUCCAUCAACAUGUUCUAUUAUGUUCUGGGCUAUUUAGCCUUUUUGGCCAUCAUCAGCUUUAUUGUAGCUUUCCUAGCCCGCAAUUUACCAGACACUUUCAAUGAAGCCAAGUUUAUCACCUUUAGCAUGCUGGUCUUUUGCAGUGUUUGGAUCUCCUUUAUUCCAGUUUAUCUGAGCAUCAAGGGGAAGAAGAUUGUGAUUGUGGAGAUAUUUGCUAUCUUGGCUUCCAAUACUGGUCUUUUGACAUGCAUCUUCUUCCCCAAAUGUUAUAUCAUUAUUUUCAGGCCUGAUCUCAAUACCAAAAAAGUUCAUUGA